AUGAAUGUUUUGAGUUUGAACUGCCAAGGGAUUGGGAACCCUUGGACAGUGAAGGCACUAAAAGGGCUGGUUUCCCUAAACAUUCCCAAUCUUGUUUUCUUGAGUGAGACAAGAUGUACAGAGGAUGAAAUGGUGGAGGUUAGACAACAACUAGGGUGGAAGUUUUGUUUUUCUGUGGAUUGUAGAUUUGUUCCAAGAAGAAAGACUAAAGGCGUCAGUAGGGCAGGUGGGUUGUGUCUGCUCUGGGAUGAGGACGUUGCAGUGGAGGUCCAAUCUUCGUCAGACAGUCAUAUUGACGUGGUUGUUGGGGAGAGCUCGGACCCAAAACGGUGGCGAUUUACGGGAUUUUAUGGGCAACCAAAAGUGGAGAAUAGACACUUAUCCUGGACUUUGUUGAGAACACUUAGGUUGCAUGGGAACCUACCUUGGGUGAUUGGUGGUGACCUAAAUGAGAUUAUGUCUACAGCUGAUAAGGAAGGUGGUGUGGUUCGGCAUAUUAGACAGAUAUUGGGACUUGUAGAGGCACUGGAUUUCUGUUUGUGGCAUGCCAACGAUGGAAAGAUUGGUUUGGGGCUUCUCGAGUGGUUCAUCUCCACCCGAGCACGUCAGACUAUUUUCCCAUAUUACUUGAAAUCUGGGCGGAAAGCUCUUGAGGAAUGGAGUUUUAACCAGUUUGGGAGUUUGAAGAGGAAUAUUGAAGACAUAAGGGCUCAGUUGGCGGUAUUCUAUGAUACCACGCAAAUUAUUCCAAUAGAAGAACUCAAAGUUGAGUUGGAAGCCAAGUUGAAUAAUCUGUUACAUCAAGAGCUACUAUUUUGGAGGCAACGUGCUAAAGUUUUUUGGUUGCAAGAUGGUGAUGCUAAUACCAAGUUCUUUCACCAACGAGCUUCAAACAGGAAGAAGAAAAAUUAUUUGCAUGGAUUAUUUGAUGAUUAUGGUGCAUGGCACACGGAUGACGAGAAUUUGGAAAGGAUUGUUCUAGAAUAUUUCCAUGGCCUCUUUACUUCGUCGCGACCUUUCGACUUCCAUGCAGUUUUGGACAUCAUUUCUCCAGUGAUUUCUGAGGACGCUAAUGCUCUUUUGGUUGGCCAAAUUUCGGAAGAUGAAGUCUUUCGAGCUCUUAAGCAGAUGCACCCGUCGAAAGCACCUGGGCCUGACGGGUUUUCACCAUGCUUUUAUAAACACUUCUGGGGUUUGGUGGGGAAAGAUGUUGUGGAAGCCAUUCGAUGCUUUCUAUUCUCAGAAGAGCUACUGAAGUCUGUUAAUAGUACAUAUGUGACGCUAAUUCCAAAAGUAAAGAAAGUGCAGUAUGUUAAUCAACUCCGACCCAUUAGUUUAUGCAAUGUUUUGUAUAAACUAGGGUCAAAAGUUCUUGCUAAUCGGAUUAAGCCUCUGAUGGACUCAGUAGUUUCACCGUUUCAAAGCGCAUUCGUGCCGGGUCUACUAAUUUCAGAUAAUUCUCUCAUUGCUUAUGAGAUUGCUCACUUUCUUAAGAAGAGACGAAGGGGAAAGAAGGGUUUUUGCGCCCUUAAGCUAGACAUGAGUAAAGCAUACGACAAGGUAGAGUGGAAUUUCCUUGAAGGGGUUAUGUUGAAGAUGGGGUUCUGUAGUAUUUGGGUGAAGUGGAUAAUGGGUUGUGUGAAAUCUGUCUCCUACUUGUUUUUGGUUAAUGGAGUGCCUCGUGAGGUUCUGUCUCGACUUAUCUCUUUUGAGGAGGAUCAAGGUAGGUUAAAUGGUGUUAAAAUCUGUACCGCAGCCCCGAGUAUUAGCCACCUCUUCUUCGCCGAUGACUCAUUUAUCUUUUGUAAAGCGGAAAGUGAUCAGGUCCAAGCUGUUAAAGAUGUACUUCGGAGGUACGAGGCUGUGUCGGGUCAGGAGGUUAAUCUACAGAAGAGUGCAAUUUCGUUCAGUCGGAAUGUACCUCUUCAUGAGCAAUUUUUGCUUGCAGAAUGCUUGGGGGUUCAGAGAGUCGACAAACAUGAUAAAUAUUUGGGCUUACCUUUGGAGUUGAGUUAUUCAAAAGAGGAGGCCUUCGGCUAUUUAAUUGAGAGAGUUCAGAAACGGACUAGUAGAUGGAGAGAGAAAUUACUAAGUGCAGCAGGGAAGGAAAUCUUGAUUAAAGCCGUGGCUCAGGCAAUCCCAUCUUAUGUGAUGAACUGCUUUGAACUACCAAAACAAUUAUGUCAUGAAAUGCACCGGCUCAUGGCGCAAUUUUGGUGGGGUGAUUCGGAAAACUCAAGCAAACUGCAUUGGCUUUCGUGGGAGAGGAUGUGUGACUCCAAGAAAUUAGGAGGACUUGGGUUCCACACUGGAUUCAUGAAAGCUACGGUGGAGGCAGGAGACUCUUUUACGUGGCGAAGCAUAAUUUCAGGUCGCAAUGUUCUUGAGCAAGGACUACGAUAUCAAGUUGGUAAUGGAAUGCAGAUUUCAGUGUGGGAGGAUAGGUGGAUGCCCAUGCCUUACUGUUUCAAACCGUAUACUAAACCUCCAGAGGGGCUUGACGGGCUAGUAGUUGCAGACUUAAUUGAUCAGGGUGAGCAUGUAUGGUUUUUGCCUUUGCUUCAGGAAAUGUUUACUCUGGAUGAGGUUUGCAUGAUUGCUAGUAUUCCCCUCAGUAUCAGGCCGGCGGAGGAUCGUUUAAUAUGGCACUAUGACCGCAGAGGCACUUAUAAUGUUAAAAGCGGAUACUUUGUUUGGCGUGAAACUGCUAGACGAGGAGCUACUUCGUCUUCGUCGAGUAACUUGGUGGGAGGGCAGUUGGGUAUUUAUUGGAGCUUGAUUUGGAAGGCCAAGAUUCCUGCAAAGGUAAAGAUGUUUGUCUGGAGGCUAAUGAGAGGAAUUCUACCUACGAGAACCGCAUUGGCAGAUAGGAGGGUGGCUAUCCAUGAUUGCAGGUGUGUCUUUUGUGGUUUACAUUUUGAAACUAGGUUGCAUUUAUCUAAAAAUUGUGAGGCUAUCAGAUUGUUUUGGCAUAAUGGGCCACUUCACUUAAGUGCUAUGGAUCACCCAGCCACUAAUUUCUCUGAGUGGGUAUGGACUAUGAUGGAUGAAUUGGAUAGUGAGAAACGGUGCCUAUUUUUUAUGUCCUUGUGGACCCUCUGGAGUGAGAGGAACAAGGUGGUCUGGCAGGAGGCAGUGUUUGAUCCCAUAUUUGCUACUAAAUGGAUGGUUAAGUACUUGGUGGAUUUUCAGCGUUGCCAUUGUAAACCUAGUGUGAAGAAGAAACGGUUGCCUACCAAGUGGGAGUGUCCACCGCGAGGGCGCCUCAAAAUCAAUGUUGAUGGGGCCUUUCGUGUGGUGGAUGGUAAUGGUGGUAUUGGGGUAGUGGCUAGAAACGAUGAAGGUGUGGGAGUCGCCGCUAUAGCAAGGCCCAUUGUACAUGCUCACUCAGCAUUUAAUAUGGAAGUUGACGCAUCUAGAGCGGGUCUGUUACUUGGUAUUUACCAAGCUUACAUGUCCGCUUUCCAAUCUGUUCAAGUUCGACACAUUUACAGAGAAGCAAAUGGUGUUGCAGAUAGAUUAGCACACCUUGCUAGUGUGGGUUUGCUUGAUGCUGUAUGGUUAGAGGAGACUCCUGCUAUUAUUCAGGAUGCGACGCUGGUGCAAUCUAUUAGACAACCUGAGAAUGAACAGGAGGAGUAUUUUUCCACAAAACAAGAGGCAUACCGCAACGAUGUUGAAAGGGCAUUUGGAAUUCUACAAACACGAUUUGCAAUAGUUAAGCAACCUGCAAGAGGUUGGGAUAAGGAUUCAUUAUCGAUAAUCAUGUUGGCUUGCAUAAUACUUCAUAACAUGAUUGUGGAGGAUGAGCAAGAUGACUACUAUAAUAAUGAGUUCGAUGAUGAUAAACCAAACCCAGAUAGGUCAAGGAGAGCUUGA